UUCGUAUGGAAAACAGCGUAGCUUCAGACAAAUGGCGAGCGGAAGGACGAAUUACAUAGAAAUGCGCGGAAUUGGAAAUGACUGUGGAAUUUGCAAAAUGUCCUGCUUUAUUUCAGCGAGGGAGGCUUUAAUUUUCCGCGGCGGACGGAGAGGAUAAUUCCGGGGCCGCAGUAAAGCGGAGACGGGCCGAUUCUGCGGAGUUAGUAAGCUAAGCUAGCUAGUUAUCUUAGCUAGCUUAGCUAGCUAGCACGGAGCUAGGCUAGGCUAGCCGGCUAACCUAGGUUUAGGCCUGUGGAGCAGCUAACACUGCUGCUGCUGCGGCUACACUGCUGCUGUGUUUGGCUGUUUUUCUCGCUAAUAAUCCGCAUUAUUCCUUUAAUAACUUUAAUUUAAACGCGUUUAAAACGGAUUUAACUCAGUUAAAGUGAUAUUUCUAGCACGGUUGCUAGUAGAAACCAGCGAGAAAAUGAGCGCAGCGUUGGACAGCAGUACGCCGCUCUCUGAGUGUAAUAAGAGGAGCUCCAGUCCGAGGCGGGAAUCUGAGCUGGACUGCCCGCCGCCCAAGCGCUCUAAGGCGGAUAAGGAGGAUGAUGAAGGCGCGGUGAGAGUGGCCGGUUCUUCUACAGAUGAGAAAAAGGCUGCAGAUGAAACCAGCGCUGUGGGUGACAGUUCUGGACAAGCAGAACAUAAAGAGGACAGCUCUAAAACAGCUGGAAAACCUGAUUCAGCAGCCAAAUCAGGCUGCGAGGAGCCCUCCUCAGCUCCGCGGGAGAAGGAGCCCUCAGACUCGGCUGCGUUUGCCGCAGCGGAGGCGCUUGCGAGCUUGACCGGUGGUGGUGGCGGUACUAGUGGUGGUGGAGGGGGAAACCAAGGCCGUGGUAGCAGCAGCAUAGAUGACCGUGAUAAAGAAGUAAUGCUACCCUGCUCCUCCAGACAAGCAGCACUAGAUGACAAGGAAAGAUCCAGUCGCCCCAGCUGCUCCUCCUCCACCUCAAACUUCACCGCCAACUUCAGCAGCACCACCACCAGCAGCAGCAGCACUAGCAAAGACCGAGUGAGAGUCAGGGGCCGGUCCGCAGAGGCAGCGGUGCCGGACAGCUCCUCGUCCGUCCUGGGCGGCGCAGAACGCAGAGACCCCCGGAAAGGAUCUAAUCAGAAUCAGAAAAGAGAGAAGAAUCGAGAAGAUGAAGAGGAUGAUGAAGACGAGGAGGAAGAAGAAGAAGACGACUCCCUCGCAGGUUCCUCCUCCUCCACGGCCAGCUCCUCAGUAGCUUCAGACAACGAGGAGGGCGAGUGCGCUAUAGUGGCGGUGCGGAUGGCUCCCGAGGUGCGGCAGUCCGUGUCGCUGCUGGCGCAGGUGCAGAUGCGGCUGGACGCGCUGGAGAAGAAAGGAGCGCGGCUCCACCAGCGCCUGGAGCUCAAACUCAGCCGCCAGCGGCGCCCUCAUCUGGACCAGCGCGGCGCCAUCACCCAGACCAUCCCGGGCUUCUGGGUCACUGCCCUUCUCAACCACCCACACCUGUCAGCACACAUCGACGAGAAUGAUGAAGAUGCUCUCAGCUACAUGACCAAUUUGGAGAUUGAGACUUUUAAAAACAACAAGCUUGGUUACAGAAUAUGCUUCCAUUUCCGGCGGAAUCCAUUCUUCCAGAAUAAAGUAAUAGUGAAGGAGCUCCAUCUAGGAAUGGGAGGGUCUCCAGUGUCUUUCUCAAACCCUAUUCUUUGGCACCGUGGACAGAACUUAAUAGGAAAUGGGGAACCAAGACGCACAGCACAAGGAGUUUAUCAGAGCUUUUUCCACUGGUUCAGUGACCACAGCAGUCCCGGGAGGGAUGAAAUAGCACAGAUCUUGAAGGAUGAUCUGUAUAGGAACCCUCUCAGGUACUAUCUCACCCCACUGUGGGAACCGCGUCAAAACGGCAGCACGCCCAAACCACCAGACAACAGCAAUGGAGACGAGUGUGUGAUAAUCUCAGACUCAGAUGAUGACCAGGAAGUGGUCAGCCAAGACAAACGGCAAGAACGAGAAGAGGAGGAGGAGGAGGAAGAGGAUGAAGAUGAAGGUCGAAUCGCAGGUCCAGACGACAGCGAUCAGGAAGCAGGAGAGUCGUCCUUCGAGGAGAGGGAGGAAGAGGACCUAGACGUAGAGGAAGUGGGCGACUCGCGUGACUCGGGUGGCUGUGAGGCCAGACCACAGGGCGAGGAGGAGGAGGAGGAGGAAGAUCAGAUUGACGUCAAUGAGGACGAGGAGGAGGAGGAGGCAGCAGAGCAGAGCUAAUUACAGUAAUUAAAACAUGUUUGAUUUUUUUAUGCAGAGAAAUCUUACUUUAGAUCUGUUCUUCGCGGAAGUGAAGAAGAAGCCGUUAGGGCAUUGUUCUGGCAGGUAACACGAGGUAGCUAUAUCAUGGUUUGGUAUCUCAGGACGUACUGUUUGUAUGUUCUGAUAUUACAGGACAAAGUUGGAAUACGUCUCCGCUCUUAGAGCAGUGAUGGAUCGCGCAGUUAUUGUAGGUGAGGAUAAAAUUCCCUGACUGCUGGUUGUGCAGCCUACAGAAGAUGACGUCACACCAUUGGAGGUUAAGGAGAAAUAAGUGGAAUUUGAUUUUGUUUUACAAUAUAUUCAGAUGUAAUUCAUUACAUAUGCUGUGUUCCAUUUAAACUCAGAUGUUUCCAAGAAAUUUGAAGACUAAAUUUGAGACUAAAUGCAAAAAUAGAAAAUUGAAUAUAAAAACCCAUUUUUUUAAUGUCGUGCAGUGUACAAGAAAUAAGUUUUCAUCCAUUUUUCCAAUCUCUGCACCUCACAAUUGGAUUUUCAGGAAAAAUGAAAGAUAAUAUUUUAUUUUAUUUUCAAUUAUUUUCAUUUUUGCAUUUUGUACGGAUGAUAUGAUCAGAUUUGUUUUACAAGAUACAAAAUUUGACAAAUCUGAAAAUCAAGAGAAAAUUUGACUUUUAUUUUUCUUGACAUUCUGUUUGCCAAAGGCUGGAAUUAAAAACUAUAUAAUUGAAAAAUUGAAUGAAAACCCAUUUCUUCUUCACUUUCAUUAAAUUUCAUACCCAAUUUUCUAUUUUCAGAUUUAGCUUGAUAGAGUCAGAAAAUUAAACUGCUAAAGUUACACUGACCCUUCGCCAUCCCUCAGUUCAGAAUCCAAUAUAGUGAAAGCUGUAUUAUUAUUAUACAGUUUAUUGUCACUUGUAUCUAUAUUAGUGUCUUAAUAGUGUAUUAAUAGUGUUUGGAUGUGCAAAGUACUGUAUAAUGCAUUGUUAUUGACUGGUAUCACUGAUAGUGCUAAUCCAAGACAAUGCUAAAAUACAUUUUAAAAGUUCAUUUAGUUUUCGGUUUGCCAUAAAAUUAGGGAUGCACCGAAAUAAUAAAAUAAAAAUAUUUGUAUUUUAAAUAAAAACACCAAUCUUUCUGCAGGCUUGAAUUUUUUUUCACACCAUUGUGUAAAUGAAAUAGCCUAAUGGAAAACUAGCACUAAACUAAAAUUUAGCAAUAUUUAUUAAGUAACUAAGCAUUUAAGCUCUUUUUUUUAUUAUUAUUACAGCUGGUUGCGAUUUUCUUCCAAAAAAUUUAUCAAAAAAUAUUUUCUCUUAUUUGGCCAAACAAUGAAACCUUUUUAUCUUUGCCACAAUUUUGGUUGCCAAAUAUUCGGUGCAUCCACACACAAAAAAUUGCUACAUGAUAAUCAAACCAGUUGUGGUACACUUCAACCCCUUAACAAGCCUGGACUGUACAUGGGCUAUGUGUAGGUGAUACAAAACCCUUCUCUGCAGUAAAAUAACUUAUUUACAUUCUUUAAACUUUGAGGGCUUUUAAAAUCUCCUACAGGACACUUGGAGAAGCUGCCUGUUUUCUCUCUACUCCACUUAAUAAUUCCAGAUAAUUUAAAAAUAGACAUAAAAAUUUGACAACGAUAAUGAAACAAAAGGUUUGGAGGACAUGAACUGUAUAAUUUGUUCUGACAAAAACAUGGAUUUUAAAAAUAAGUUUUGAAAAGCGCUAAUUAAAUGAUUAAGUUUUUAAGUCAUGCUUAGCGUGCAAUAUCAUUGACAAAAAUGCUGGCUUAUUAAGGGGUUAAAGUCUUUAGCUAGCUGUUUUCUUUUUGUUGGAAAUGUUUUAUAUUAGUGUAAAAUGAACUGAAAUUGGAUUGUUUUAUUGGGACACAGUAAAUUUAGGUGUGACGUCAUUCCGAGCUCCGACAUCUGGCUUCUGAGAUAAAUGGAACACAGCAUUAAGCACAACUUAUACAUUAUGUUUUCUAGUCCAUUUCACAUUUAGUAAAUUGAUAGUUGGCUAAAUGUUUGUUUUAUUAGCCGUUAAUGUUAGAAAUUGUCAUGGAUCAAAUUUCGGCUCCUUUUCUUUCUGUUAUUGAAUGAUUUCCUUUCAGUUGCACAGAGAACUACUGUAACCAAGUGAAUGUGUCCUGUAGAAUACACUUACAUACCCACCGCACUGUUGUUGUUUGUUUUUUUUUAUUUAUUU